UGGGGGGGGUAUCGUGCGGCGGUCACGUAGCUCAGGUUCCCGGGCUGCAGCGGGAGGCGCGUCGGUUAGUUCCCGUGCACCGGUCCCCGCCGUUUUUCCGCCAGCAUGCCGAUGUUCGUAGUAAACACCAACGUCCCCCGCGCCUCCGUGCCGGACGGACUCCUUUCCGAGCUCACUCAGCAGCUGGCGCAGGCAACCGGCAAGCCGGCCCAGUACAUCGCGGUGCACGUGGUCCCAGACCAGCUCAUGGCCUUCGGCGGCUCCAGUGAGCCGUGCGCUCUCUGCAGUUUGCACAGCAUCGGCAAGAUCGGAGGCCCGCAGAACCGCUCCUACAGCAAGCUGCUGUGCGGCCUACUGGCCGACCGCCUGCGAGUCAGCCCGGAUAGGAUCUACAUCAACUACUACGACAUGAACGCGGCCAACGUGGGCUGGAACGGCUCCACCUUCGCCUGAGCGCCACGCCUGCCCAACCCCCGCCCGCACCAGGCCCUGCUACCCGCAAUGUUGUGUCCACUUCGCCCCCCACCCCCACAGCGACCCCCACAUCCAAGUCCGGACAAAUAAAUGGUUUGGAGGCUGCA